GCGCGCUCGUCUCGCUUGCUCGCCUCGCUAUAUGAGGCUCGAACGCUCGCGUCGAGCUCAAGAGCGACCAAGAAUCACCUGACUACACUCACUGACACCAACGCUGCUGCCGCCGCCGCCGUCGAAGCCGAUCACGAGCUCUCCCGUUCCGGCGAGCAGCGGCGCGUUCUCGCCGCCGCCGUUCAUGGAGCCUUCGACCGCGCAGGGAACAUCGGUGGCGCCGGUGCCAUGGCAGAGGCUGGGCCAAGAGCCGCGCCAGCGGGACGGGCGGUGGCGCGCACGGUGCGCGCUCCAGCUCGCCGCCUUCGCCGGCGCGACCGCCGCCUUCGCCGCCGUGGCGUACCGCGUGCGCCACCGGCCCCGCGACAUCGCGUUCCUGGCCGUCACCUACUGGCUCGUCGCGCUGCUGCUUUGCCUCGUCGAGAAGCUCGAGGCCCUGCGGCUCGACGCGUCCCCGCCGGCGAGGGAGACCGAGCUGCGGCGCGUCAGGCUCGGCGUGUGGGCGGUCGCCGUGACGCUGGGCAACACGGUGGCGUGGCGCGUCUGCGACGCGAUGCCGUUCCUGGCGCUGAAGCUGGGCGUGUGGGGCGUCACGCUGGUGGUACUGGGCUUCGCCUACUACUUCGUCUUCCGUUCCAAAGCCGGCGAGUGCCACGACGAGGAGCACGGCCAUCCCUCAAGCUGACGCCGGCGGCAGCCGGCCGCCGCCGGAGAAAGCUUUCCGCGAGUUGCACUGGAGGUCUGAACUUGGUAGGAUAUAGUACUACAGAAAUUAUUGAACGUGAAGGAUGAAAUAAUUCUUCUAAACAUUUCUAAAAAUUGAAAUGAAAUGUUUUGUUUGAUUGAAAUUUGUAACGCUACUAAAUAAUACUAUAAUGUUUAGGCCGUCAAAGCCCAACGUAGGUCCCCAUAGUUUCGCUUAUUCGUGAAAUAAACAAAACGGCAUAUUUGCAAACGAAAAAUAAUUUAUGAAUAAAAUUUUUGUAUACGUGUUUUUAGCGAUCUAAAAUCAAUGGUUGAAAAAUAAACUUUGAUUAAAAAUUUAAAUUUUGACUGAUAAGCAUAAGUGAAAAGAUGGGGCCAUGUUUCCCUAGAAGAAAGAAAUUGUAAGAUUAUCCAUUUGGAAAAAAAUAUGUAUUGACAGUUUUCGGAAGCUGUAUAACCAUCGUUGUCUCUCUGCAAAAGCAAUUGAGACAUGGUGUCUGCUGAUGGCGAUGUCUCGCUCUCAUGUACUUUCUCCGUCUAAAAAAAAUCUAACCUAAACACAAAUGGGACAUUACAUAGUACAACGAAUGAGCAUGUCCAGAUUCAUUGUAAGAUGGAACAUUACAUAGUACAAUAAAUUUGGGCAUGCUCA